GCUCAGGUUCUUUUAAUCUAGCUGCAUUAAUAUACCAAGGCCACCUCGAACAAAACAGAACAACACUUCAAGCUCUACUUCCACAAACGUGAUGGCUUCUCAACUAGUACGUCAUCCCUCCAUGAGCAGCAUGACUAGGGCAGCACUUGCACUCCUCGCCACGCUUGUAUCCACCGCUACUUCACGUUCACAUCAAGAGUCGGCAACGAGCGUCGCAUUUCGUCCCCCUGCUGUGCCACUCCUUGUCCAGGACCCCUACAUUUCCGUUUGGUCAACAUCCGACACGCUGUCAGUUAUGCUAUCUUCGUCGUGAGGAUGAGCAGAUUUUUAAGAUUCUUGAUGUCACAACUGAAAUUGUCAGGUACUCGUUGUACUCCUGGAGGAACUACUUUGGAGGAACUAAGUACUUUUGAAUAUGCUCUUCAUUGAAAAGAUUCCUGCUCUAAUUCUCCAAGCCAAACCCAGCAUUGGAAUGGGGAUCCAGUGCCACUGGUUGGUGCUUUGGUCGUGGAUGGCGUCUGUCAUCGGUUCCUCGGCUCCGAGAGGGAUGCGAAAUACGCUUUGGGAGGCGGCUCUAGUCAGGUUUCUUGUGCUUCUACACUGCCACAAAUAGGCCUGCCAGUAGUGAAUGCGACAACGACGACGUACACUUUCCAAAUUCUGGUGGAUGAGGAAGGUGGGAGUUCAUCAAGUAAAAUUUUGCAGGCAAGCGAUAAGCGGGAGUCUUUGACGAGUUCUCGCCUUUUACUUCGAGUUCGAUUUACGACUGCUGCGUUUGUCAAGGAGAGAACAUUGUUGCGAGACCUGCCGGACAUUGGCUAUACGAACUUGUCUUACCAUGAUGCCCUGUCACUGCCUUCCACCUUUGUGGAUAUUGAAGUGGUGCAAGGAGAUGGCGUGGCAAGACUUCAAGAGCUUCCUGACAUGCAGAUCCGCUUCGGUGUUUCUAGUGCUAUGGUCGUAUCUGACCCAACCACACAUAUCGGUGGAGGGAUUGCACGCCUUCAGUUCUACCCUUAUGACCGAGAAGAGCCAAUUAAAAUGGAGGUGGCUGGAGUGUGGAAUGCUGGUCAUGACAAGAAGAGCCACUUCAACUUCAACAACUUCAACAAAAGCAUAAGGGAUGAUCCCAAGAACACCAGCAACAAGAAGAUGACCAUGGACCGUAUCAAUUGGGGUUGCUUUCACGUGAUUGGUGAGAUUGGCGACGGCCUUCCGUGGGAUCCAAGUGAGGUGACAGCGUCGAUUCAGCCUUUUGCGGACAGGAGUACCAGUAAGAGUAAUCAUGUCCAAGCACUUGCCCUGAUGAGUUUCAAAUUCAACAGUAGUACAACUUCAACUACAAGUACAGAAAUAAGCACAUCAAGAAGAUCAACAACUCCUGUCUGGGAAGUGUUGAGACGUGCUCGAAUCACAUUAUCGAUGGAUGAGGGAGACAUAGGCCUUGAGUACUUCGGACGCAAGCUCCCACCCUAUUGGCAAGCUCUGCCUCCUGCACUAGAAGAAAAACGAUUGGAAAAGACCGAGGGAGGACAACGUCUACUACAGGAUCACAAGAGCCUCAACAGUCUCAAUGACCACCUAUCUGAACGGCACCACUCAAACAAAAAGGCAAACCCAAAUAAAGCCUCCACACCGAUUGCACGUUCCAUUUUUAUGCAGAAGGUGCUUUCUCGAUCGAUCUUGUGGCGCGACGCAUUGAUAAAAGCCUCAUCAGACUUCGAUGAGGAAAUCGGAGAAGCGUUGGCUUCCACUAGUGAGAAAUACGCACGUUUGGGUCAUCUUGCUUACAGACAAUGCACAGGAGCUAUGAAAGUGGUGGCGGAUGAGAAGGCUGUGCAGACUUCUAGUACUUUCGAAGAUCAUUCUGUGGGGAAUCAUGAUCAACUACAACAUGAAGUAGAUGACCACGAGAAAAAUCAUGUUCCUUCUCCUUCCUCUGCUGCUAGUGCUAGUGGUACAGCUACUACUGCCUCUCCCCUCGUUUUCGUGAAAGAAAUAUCAAGUGAUGGCGACAUCUCGACAGUGGAUGUUAUCGCACCCAUGUCGCCUUUUUUGCUGUACUUUAAUCCGCGGUUGUUGACGGACUUGCUAGAACCUGUCUUGCGGUAUGCGAAUAACGAAACUGCUGGCACCGGUGACACUGUUAGUCGGACUGCAAGUAGGAUUAACACAGGAGAUACAACAGGAGCAGAUACAACAGGAGAAGGGUCUUUUAACUAUACUCUUCCUUAUGGCCACGGCCACCAGACACUACUACAACUCGCUGUAGUUCUACUAGUUGUAGUUUUUAUUCUUGCUCAUCAUUAUUUCGAUCGUGUCUUCUAUAGGAUGAAGGAUAGGCAUACUAUUUUUUAGUUCCCAUCAUCGCUAAUCCCCCUGGGCCCCGCACGAUUUGGGCACUUGGCCAGUAGCCAAUCGUCAUGCAUCGGAGCAAGAGAACAUGCCGAUUGAGGAGACUGGGAACAUGCUAAUACUCUUAUCCCUAGCUGAUAAAUUGACGAAAAUGAAUCAGGUGCAGGUGGUGCAUGAUGGGGAUAUCCGUGAAGAACAUGAUGAAGCAUCGAAAGAUAACACGGCAACGAAGGUUAGGAGUAUCCUCUCCUCACGAAGACAAGAACCUUUUACUCGAGAAGAUCACUUGAACAAGCCAACGACAACGAGAGGAACAAUGAAGAGGACAACAUCAACACCUAGUACUGUUCCAAGAACCGCACAACUCUUAAAGUCUUGGGCAGACUACUUAGUUUCCACUUUACCAGAUCCCGAGAACGAGCUUUGCACUGACGAUUUCGAGGGUCCGAGUGCGCACAACGCGAAUCUAGCCGUGAAAGGGAUUGUAGCCUUGGCUGCAUACAGUCUGACAACGGAGCAUGACAAGUACCUCACAAUUGCCCAGGACUACGCGACCAAAUGGAUGAAGCUUGCUGCAGUCGGAGAAGAUCACUACAAACUUGCCUACAAUGAUACCGGUCGUGCAGCCUCCUUUAUUAUGGGUGUAGGGAAUUCAUCUCCCAAGUCAUCUGGAAGAAGAAAACAAGAACAAAAAGAGAGCCAGACGAUUCCUGAGAUGGAUUCCCUAUACCUCUAACUUUAGUUUGAAGUACAACUUGUUCUAUCAAGCGAUGCUUUUGAGUACCACAACAACUUCUACGUCAGAGCCACAACAACAGACUACUGUCUUCCCCGUCAAGGAAGUGAUCGAUCGCGAACUUUCCUACUACAAGUCUCAGCAACGCGAAAAAUACGGUGUUCCCCUCGAUUCACGUGCUACUUUCACCAAACUGGAUCAUUUGUCGAUGAUUUACGCAUUGGAUGGCGACAAGGACAACUACUACGUGGAUUCAAUCUUUUCCUUCGCCAAUUCGACACCAGACCGCAUCCCCUUGACUGACUGGUACGAUACCAAAACGGCUGCAGCCAUCGGCAUGUCGAAAGGACUCGCUUUUCGCGCGCGACCAGUGGUUGGGGCAGUGUUUGCUAAGGCUUUGCUGGAUAGCCUCAAUAAGACAAGUAUAGAACUACGCUCAAGACAGUCGUCGUCCUCAUCUCCUGAUGUUGUAGGGCAUCAUUUGGCGAGGAACAAAGAGAAGCAUGAUUUAAGUUUGUUGAAUUAUACCACGUCAAAGUCAAUUGCUCGUGCUGCUCGCCGAUCACAUGUUCAUCUCCAGCAUGGUCCCAUUGCAAAGUAUGAUGAUAUGCUCCUUUAUCAGUGAAACUUCUGAAGAACAUGUCAUCGUGACCAGCACCGCAUCAAGCCGUCGCUCGCCGAACGGCCGUGCUAGAUUUUGCUAAAAGAUGAAUUUCAUAUCUGGUACCCAAUGAUCAUGUUACGAUAGAAAAACCUGAUUUGUAAGAAAUUUUGCAGGAGAUAACUCCACCUCCGAUGUCCGUCAACAUCUGAACGCACAGUGAUGUCUUUGAAGAAAAGCAGAAAGAUGAAGAGGUGAAUACAGGUCGUUUUCACGACUACAGAAGUACAUGAUGCGGUCUCACGAAUUUUUCGUGGAACCGGUUCUCCUGCGGCUUCUCUUCAACCCGAAGGGCAACUUUGGGUCCCUCACUUCUGCGUGAAAGAAUUUGUCCCACUACUUUAUAUAUAACUCUUGCUUUCUGUUAGUUUCUCUACUUUUUGAGAAGGACAGAGAAAAAUCCAUGCUCGCAAGAUCUCAAACAAUGAUUCCAAGCUGAGCCAAGGUUUCGCUGAAGCACGCC